AUGCCUUUUGAAGCCCGGGUCAAGUCCGUCCUGUCCGGUGACACGGUCGUGCUGUCGCAUAUCACCAACCCUUCACAAGAACGCAUCUUGAGUUUGGCCUAUGUCUCUGCUCCUAGAUUAAGGAGGGAGGGUGAUGAGGCCUACGCCUUCCAAUCCCGCGAAUUCCUCCGUGAGCUGCUCGUCGGCAAAGUCGUCGAGGUCCACGUCGCCUACACCAUCCCCACCGGCGCCAAGCGCGACUACGGUAUCAUCAAGCUGCCUGGCUUUGAUGCUCAAUUGCCCGAUAUCAGUGUGCAGGAGGGCUGGACACGUGUUCGUGAGGAAGCUGGCAAGCGUUCAGAUGAGUCUGAGGAGACCAUUGCGCUCCUAGCGCGCCUGCGAGCAUUGGAGGCUCUCGCCCAGGACGAAGGAAAGGGAACUUGGGCUGGUGGCAACGCUGGCCAAAUCGAUACUACCUAUGAGUUGACCGGUGCUCGGGAUUUGGUGAAGCGCAACUUGGGCCACCAGUUGGAGGGUAUCAUCGAGAAGGUCCUGAAUGGUGACCGUAUCGUGCUGCGCUUGCUGCUCAAGCCCCAGGAGCACAUUCAGACUGUUGUCGCCAUUGCCGGUAUUCGGGCGCCAUCUGCUAAGCGCACAACUGCUGACGGAAAGGAGACGGCAGCUGAGCCGUUCGGUGAUGAGGCACACGAGUUUGUCGAGUCACGACUGCUGCAGCGCAAGGUCAAGGUUUCUCUUCUCGGUGUUACGCCCCAGGGCCUGAUUGUCGCGACCGUGCUUCACCCCAAUGGAAACAUCUCCCGGUUCCUUCUUGAGGCUGGUCUGGCCCGCUGCCAGGAUCACCACUCCACACUUUUGGGUCCGGAUAUGGCCCUUCUCCGUCAGGCGGAACUUACAGCCAAGGCCGAUCGUAAGGGAUUGUGGGUUAGCCACACUGGUUCCACAACUGCUGGCGCCGCCGCUGUGGACUACCUCGUCACUCGUGUUCUGAAUGCCGAUACCCUCUUCAUCCGCAACAAGGCCGGCCAGGAGAAGAAGAUCAGUCUUGCCAGUAUCCGUCAACCUAAGCCUUCUGACCCCAAGCAGGCUCCCUUCGCUGCUGAGGCCAAGGAGUUCCUGCGCAAGCGCAUCAUCGCCAAGCAUGUCAUGGUCACUGUGAACGGCAAGAAGCCCGCUAACGAAGGCUACGAGGAGCGCGAGGUUGCUACUGUUGUCCAGGGCAACACUAAUGUGGCAGUUGCUCUUGUGCAAGCCGGCUACUCCUCUGUGAUCCGCCACCGUAUGGAUGAUACCGACCGUUCUCCCGACUACGACGAGCUGCUCGCCGCUGAGGCUGACGCCCAGAAGGAAGGCCAGACUGUUCAGAAGGCCAAGCUCGAGCUUGGUAUCUUGCAGCGUCAAAAGCGUGUCCCCGCUAUUGUCGAUUUUGUCAAGUCUGGCUCUCGCUUCACUGUUCUCGUUCCCCGCGACAAUGCCAAAUUGACCCUCGUCCUCUCCGGUAUUCGUUGCCCUCGCUCUUCCCGUGGCCCCAGCGACGCCGGUGAGCCUUUCGGUCAGGAGGCCCACGACCUUGCCAACCGCCGCUGCAUGCAGCGCGACGUUGAGAUCGACGUUGAGACCAUUGACAAGGUUGGUGGUUUCAUUGGCAGCCUAUACAUCAACAAGGAGAACUUCACCAAGGUUCUACUGGAGGAGGGUCUGGCAACCGUCCACGCAUACUCGGCUGAGCAGUCUGGUCACGCCACCGAGUACUUCGCCGCUGAACAGCGUGCUAAGGAUGCCCGCAAGGGUGUGUGGCACGAUUGGGAUCCCAGCAAGGAGGCUGCUGAGGCCGAGCAAGCCGAGGCCGCCAGCGGUACCGGAACUGAGAGCGAAGCCGCCCCUGCACAGCGUCGCAAGGACUACCGCGACGUGAUGGUCACCUACAUCGACCCUGCCUCGGCGAAGCUCAAGCUGCAACAGAUUGGCACCGGCACAAAUGCGCUCACCGAGUUGAUGAGCGCUUUCCGCUCAUUCCACAUCAACAAGGCCAACGACACCCCGUUGCCUGGCCCACCCAAGGCCGGCGACUGGGUUGCCGCCAAGUUCACCGAAGACGGCAACUGGUACCGCGCCAAGAUCCGCCGCAACGACCGCGAGAAGGAGCAAGCCGAGGUUGUCUACGUUGACUUCGGUAACUCCGAGACUCAACCAUGGGCCGCACUCCGCCCUCUCACCCAGCCCCAGUUCUCCGGCCAAAGCCUCCGCCCCCAGGCCGUCGAUGCUGUCCUCUCUCUCCUCCAGUUCCCCACUACCGAGGACUACCUCGAAGACGCCGUUGGCUUCAUCGGCGACCAGACCUUCGACCGCCAGCUCGUCGCAAACGUGGACCACGUUGACCAGGACGGCACCCUGCACGUCACCCUGCUCGACCCCUCUGUCUCCAAGAACCUGGACAACAGCAUCAACGCAGACAUCGUCCACGAGGGUCUGGCUAUGGUGCCCCGCAAGCUGAAGGCGUGGGAGCGUGCUUCCGUCGAUACCCUGUCCAACCUGCGCACUCUUGAGGACGAGGCCAAGGCUGAGCGCCGGGGUAUUUGGGAGUACGGUGACUUGACCGAGGACUAA